GGUCAAGACUUUAGUCAAUGUCAAGUAAUCGUUAACAUCAGUGUGAUUUUAUUAAAAAAUGGAGGAAGUCGAGAGUUUUAAAAAACGGCCCGGUACAACUGAUAAGGGUAAAGGAUAUGAAGACUUGGUCAUUGCUAAUAUCGCUUUACAAUUAGCCAGCGACACUAACAUCAUAAAUUUUCACAUAUCCUCAAACGACAACGCAUACGGCACCUUUGACGAUUUAGUUAUCAAAAUUGAAACCAAAAGCGGAAGCGUAGUGAAAGCAUUUCAGUUAAAGCAUAGCGAGAGAAAAACGUUGUCCACGGAAAAUUUAAAAGCAAAAAAGGGGGACUUCAGCUUAACAAAAUAUUUCAAAAGUUACCAAGAACUAGAGAGGUCAGCGGAUGAAUUUAUAUUAUUUACUAACAGACCCUUUAACUGUAUUGACAAGGAAAAAUUCCAACUCGAAGACGAAGGGUUUUACAUUAAACUUGUUAAAGCAGAAGAUACUUUAAAAAUUUCCGGGAAAGAAAAUUGCGUGUACCAAUUCCAACUAGUAGAUCUGUCAAAUGUACAAAACCCGUCGAAAAUUCAAGAGUAUAAGACAUUUUUUGAUAAUUUCUAUCUCUACGCAGAUCAAGAAAAUUUUGAUAGACUCCGAAAUACAACGGUUAAUACAUUUGCGACAACAUAUUCAUCGAGUGCCGAAAUUUUUGACAAAUUCUUUAAAAUAAUAUCGGAGUGGAACGUCCAAGAAGGGACUAAAAAAAAAUUGAAUAAAAAGUGGAUUCAACGUGUAAUUGUUCUCCAGCUUGUGUCGUCCCAAAUCGAGCCGUUGUCUUUUGGUACAGUUAACGACAAAAUGAAAUUAUUUCGGGAAGCUAUUUCCUGUUUCGGCGUCACAUUAUUUGAUCAAAAAUCAUGCGAAACGGUUAAACGAUUGUGGGGUGAUCUUGGAAAAGAAGACAUCGAUGUUAAUAAAUUAAAAAGAAUGGGAAAAUAUUAUCAACUUACUUCCAGUUUUGUCGAUGGUGGUGAUAUUAACAACGUAGAUUUAAAGACAUUUUCUCAAGUGAUGUGGCUCAUGAACAAAUGUCCACUAAUAUUACAUGAGUGCGAAAAUGUCAAAAAAGCCCUGCAGCUGUGUCCAGACAAAAAGUUCAUUUUGAUUGGUGAAGUCAAAAAUGAGGAGUGGAUGAAAAAUUAUUCCGUCUUCCAAAAUUUAUCAAACUUGAAUCGAAAACCCGAUUUGCGCCUAAAAGUUAUGCAAAAAUUUAACUUAUCGGUGCAAGGAAAAGAAGAAAUUGAUCUGAUAACAGUUUUCGGGAGUAAUGAAGAAGUUUUAGAAAAUGUUACAACGGACAACUUAGUGCAAAUGCUAAACGGUCCAUGUCAUAUAGGUGGAGAAAAAGAAGUUCUUCCUGAACCAUACAUAGACCGCUAUUUUUCACGAAACAUUAUUAACCUUACAUAUAUAGAAAAAUUCUGGGAAAACACAAUUAAUAUUUUAAAUUGCGCCGAUAAUUUUGAUAAAGUUAGAGAUAAACUUAAGCAGUGUAAACUAAUUGAUAUCAAUAACUCCUUAAAUCAAUCACCUCCAUAUGAUAAAUCAAAUUUUACUAAUGUAGUUUAUGUUAGUAAUAGCGAUUUUAGUGAUUUAGAACUAGAACAAAUUUACAAUGAAAAUAGAGAAGCCAAACAAUUUCACUAUUUUAAACUUUCCAGUGAUUGUAACUUAGAAUGGAUUAAAAGCAAAGGUGAUGUUAGUGAUUUAGACGUUUAUAAGUUCCAUGGCAAAUAUUCUACAAACGAAAAUGUGCUAUGGUUUUCUCGGUUGGACAAUAAGAUAAAUCUAAUCACUGGCGAUCCGGGAAUGGGUAAAUCUGAGUUAAUGAAAAGCUUCAAAAAUAAAUGUUCACCAAGAUAUUGGACAAUGAUAAUUCUUCCUAAAGAUGUUCACUCAUUUUUUUAUAGUUGUAAGUUUUCGGAAGGAACUAACUAUACAGACUUAUUUAAAAAAUUUAUCGUAAACGAAAAAUGUCAAGCACUGACUACAGUAGAUCAAAGAUUUUGCGAAUUGUGUAUAGAGAAAAAUAAUAUUGUUUUCGUGUGGGACGCGCUUGACGAAAUUGUAAGCGAAUACUUAGAAGUCAUUUUGAAAAUAAUCCUAAAUUUCUCAACUAAAGGUUUCCUUCAGUGGGUAACAAGUAGAAGACAUUUGAAACCACUUCUAGAAAAAAAAUUCAGUGUCUUGGCACUUAGUAUAAAUCAGUUUGACGACCAAGAACAACAAAAUUAUGUAAGAAAACGUUUAGCUUCUUUCAUUUCUGUAGACGAAAUUGAGAUCGCCAUCGACAAAAUUAAAUCAUCGUUCGCGAUUAUCGAGCACGUUAAUAUAUUAGGAAUUCCACUCCAGAUCUUCAUGGUUACCGAACUGUUUCGUCAAAACAAAGACAAAUAUUUGAAACUAAUGGAAAAUAUGUUUGUGUUGACUGACUUGUACGAAUAUUUUAUCGAAGAAAAAUUUAACAAUUUUUACGAAGGUAAAUUAAGUCUUGACUACGCAAACCCUCACAUGAAACAUAGAAUUUGCGAGGAAAAACGGAAAGCUUUAGAUCAUUAUGAAAGAGUGGCGUUUAAGGUAAUCUUUCCAGAAGACGUUUUGAAACGAUUAAAUAUUGACUGUGACAAACACAGAGACAAAAUUUUACGAAAAUAUGCGUCAGUUGGUCUUGUAAAUGAAUUCGAAAAUGAUGUGCCACAUUUUGUUCAUGGUUCUUUUGCCGAAUACUUAGUUGCUACAUAUUUUUCGAAAAAUUUUAAUGUAAUUAGAGACACACUCGGGGACAUAAUAUUUGACGCAAAGUAUAAUAAUGUUCGGUUUUUUUUCGACUUGUUGUUAGCCAAAAACUCUGAGGCUCACGUCUCAGUGUUAUACAAAAAUUAUGAAUUGCUUAAAACCUAUAAUGACGAAACUUUAACACGUAAAGAUGAAGGUGGUAGAAGUGCUUUACACGUGAUUUCGUCAUGGGGACAAAGACAUCCUCGUGUGAAAGUAACCGGUAAAAGUAGAGAGCAUGUAGUGCACGAAGACAACAAUUUUGAUAAAAAAGCAGAAACUCAGGCAUAUUUCGAAAUUGUAGGGUGCUUACAAAACAAGAGUACUGUUGACGAACACGAUAUCUUGCUAGACAUGACACCGUUGGCUUAUGCCAGGAAAAGUGAGAGCUUAGGGGCGGAAAUAAAGUUACUUCAAACUAAACGAAAUGACUUGAAUCAUCAAUUAAGUACUGUUGAUGAUGUAAUUAAUAUUUUCUAUUAUUCUUCUUUACUCGGAUACGACGAAGUGUGUGAACUUUUUACAGUUGAAGGGAAGAAGAGACGAAACCGUUGGUACGAAACAAAAUUUGUAACUGCGGAAAAUGGUGAAACAUCUCUUCUAUUGGCGUGUGACCGUGGUCAUCUAAAAAUCGUUAAGUACUUGUUACAAAAACCCGAUGCCGAAAUCAAUCGUCCUAAUAAAAACGGUGCCACACCACUUUACAUAGCUUCUCGAAAUGGUCAUGAACAAGUUGUCGAAUACUUGGUGACAAUCGGAGCCGAAAUCAAUCGUCCUAAUCAAAACGGUGUAACACCACUUUUCGUAGCUUCCCAAAACGGCCACCAAAGAGUUGUCGAAUACUUGGCGACAGCCGGAGCCGAAAUCAAUCGCGCAACUAAAGAAGGUGCAACACCACUUUACAUAGCUUCCCAAAAUGGCCACAAAAAAGUUGUUGAAUACUUGGCGACAUCCAGUGCCGACAUCAAUCGGGUUACUAAAGAAGGUGCCACACCACUUUACAUAGCUUCGCAAAUGGGCCACAAAACAGUUGUUGAAUACCUGGUGACAAAAGGCGCCGAAAUCAAUCAGGCUGAUAAGCAUAAUCGGACACCACUUUGCGUAGCUUCCCAAAUGGGACACGAAAAACUUGUCGAUUACCUGGCGACAGUUGGUGCUGACAUCAGUCGCGCUAGAAAUACCGGUGCGACACCAAUUUACGUAGCGUCCCAGAACGGUCACGAAAGAAUUGUUGAAUACUUGGCUUCAGUCGGCGCCGAAAUCAAUCGCCCUCAGAAUGACGGUUCGACACCACUUUACAUAGCUUCCCAAAUGGGUUACGAAAAAGUUGUUGAAUACUUGGCGUCAGUUGGUGCCGACAUCAAUCGCGCUAAUAAAAACGGUGCGACACCACUUUUCAUAGCUUCACAAAACGGCCACGAGAAGGUUGUUGAAUACUUGGCGACGGCAGGAGCCGAAAUCAACCACGCUCUUGAAGAGGGUGCCACACCACUUUACGUAGCUUCUCAAAACGGCCACGAGAAAGUUGUUGAAUAUUUGGUGGCCGUCGGCGCAGAAAUCAAUCGCGGUAGAAGUAACGGUGCGACACCAAUUUAUGUAGCGUCCCAAAACGGCCACGAAAGGGUUGUUGAAUACUUGGCGGGAGUCGGUGCCGAUGUCAAUUACGCUAUGAAUGACGGUUCGACGCCACUUCAGGUAGCUUCCGAGAUGGGUCACGAGAGGGUUGUUGAAUACUUGGCCACAGUUGGUGCCGAGAUCAUUUGCGCUAAUGACGAUGACAGUUGUACACCAGUUCACAUAGCUUCUCAAAACGAACACCAAAAGGUUGUCGAGCAUUUAGAUAAAAGCAGUGCUUCUAGAAGGAAUCCCAGAGUUGAGAACUUCUCUAAACGGUUUCAUUGUAGUUUAAUGUAG